AUUGUCAAACAUCAAUUUAGCCUUGAUUAUUCACUUUAAGUAACUGUAUUUGAAUUUUAUUCUAGCUAUUUCUAGAAUUUCUGUGGCUUUCCAUUUCCAUCAUCAUGAAUCAUAUGCAAUUAACUUAUUUUCUAACGCUUAUUAGCACAGCACUGGCGGCCUUCAACACAGUUAUUAGAGCACCUCAAUGCCUUUAUAUGGCCGAUGCUGGUCCAUGCGAUGCUAAAAUUCGUGUUUUCGGCUAUGACUAUGUAAGCAAUCGUUGUGUACACUUCUAUUACAGUGGCUGCGGUGGAAAUCCAAAUCGUUUUGCGACAAGAAGCGAGUGCAUGGAGACCUGCUAUGUGCAGAAUGCGGACGGUCAAGAUCCUAUAGAAGAUGAAAAGUUUGAUCUGUUCUACAAAAAUGAAUUCUAAUUUGCAAUUUUUUAUUGUAUAUAAAAUUAUAAUUUUGAUACUUAA